CGCCCCGCGCCGCCGAGGACCCCGCGGACUCGGCCGAGGGUCGGCGCCGCCGCGGGCUUCGGCCUUCGGGGGGCUCGGGCGGAGUGCGGGUGGGCUCCGCCGCCGCCGCCGCCGCCGCCGUGCCCUAUGGGCAGGAUCCGCCCGCAAGGCCCGCAUUGAACUGGAAAGAAGAUGUCCCUGUAUGAUGACCUGGGGGUGGAGACCAGUGACUCCAAAACAGAAGGCUGGUCCAAGAACUUCAAACUCCUGCAGUCUCAGCUGCAGGUGAAGAAGGCGGCCCUCACCCAAGCCAAGAGCCAAAGGACAAAGCAAAGCACAGUCCUUGCCCCGGUCAUCGACCUGAAGAGGGGCGGUUCCUCCGACGACCGGCAGAUUGUGGACACGCCUCCACAUGUGGCGGCUGGGCUGAAGGACCCUGUUCCCAGUGGGUUUUCUGCUGGGGAAGUUCUCAUUCCCUUAGCUGAUGAAUAUGACCCCAUGUUUCCUAAUGACUACGAGAAAGUCGUGAAACGCCAGAGAGAAGAGCGGCAGAGGCAGCGUGAGCUGGAAAGACAGAAGGAAAUAGAAGAGAGGGAAAAGCGGCGUAAAGACAGACAUGAAGCCAGUGGGUUUUCAAGGCGGCCAGAUCCAGAUUCUGAUGAAGAUGAAGAUUAUGAGCGCGAGAGAAGGAAAAGAAGUAUGGGCGGAGCUGCCAUUGCCCCACCUACUUCUCUUGUGGAGAAAGACAAGGAGUUACCCCGAGAUUUUCCUUACGAAGAGGAUUCGAGGCCUCGGUCACAGUCUUCCAAAGCUGCUAUUCCCCCGCCCGUGUACGAAGAACCCGACAGGCCCAGGUCUCCGACAGGGCCCAGCAACUCCUUCCUCGCUAACAUGGGGGGCACAGUGGCGCACAAGAUCAUGCAGAAGUACGGCUUCCGGGAAGGCCAGGGGCUGGGGAAGCACGAGCAGGGGCUGAGCACCGCCUUGUCCGUGGAGAAGACCAGCAAGAGGGGCGGCAAGAUCAUCGUGGGCGACGCCACGGAGAAGGGCGAGGCUCAGGAUGCAUCCAAGAAGUCGGAUUCAAAUCCAUUAACAGAGAUCCUUAAGUGCCCUACGAAAGUGGUUCUGCUGCGGAACAUGGUCGGUGCAGGAGAAGUAGAUGAAGACUUAGAAGUCGAAACCAAGGAAGAAUGUGAAAAAUACGGCAAAGUUGGGAAAUGUGUGAUAUUUGAAAUUCCUGGUGCCCCCGAUGAUGAAGCAGUUCGAAUAUUUUUAGAAUUUGAAAGAGUUGAAUCAGCAAUUAAAGCUGUUGUUGAUCUGAAUGGCAGGUACUUCGGUGGGCGAGUGGUAAAAGCAUGUUUCUACAAUUUGGAUAAAUUCAGGGUCUUGGAUUUGGCCGAGCAAGUUUGAUUUUUCAGAACUACAACCAUUCCUGAUGAUCCUUGAAUAAGCUACUGACUGGGCCGAGAGAAAGGCACCCAGCCUUCGGCUGCUGGACUCAGACUCUUGGAGGACUUGGAAGGGAUAUGUUGAUUGAUCCCUUUUUUAUUUUGUGGGUUUUUUUUAAAUAUAGUAUAAAAAAAUCCUUU